GCCAGCGCCGGGGCCGACCCGGAAGCGCUGGGCCCGGCGGUGGUUUAACGCAGCGCGGCUCAUGGGCCCAGCGGCCGGGCCGGGGGUGGAGGGCCCGGCGGGCAGCGCCGUGUCGGCGCCGGCGCUGGUGGCGGCGGCGCGGGAGGAGCUGGGGGCCGGGCGGCGGUGGCGGUUCCCGGCGGGCCGUGCCCUGCAGCUGGCCGGGGAGGUGCUGGCAGUGGCGGCGGGGCUGAAGCCGGGCCUGCUGUACGACUGCGGCGCGGCGGGCCCCGCCGAGCUGCGGCGGUACCUGGCCCGGCUCAGGGAGGCCGGGCUGGCCCCGGGCCGCCUGCACUUGCUGGACAUGGAGGGCUCGGCCCUGCUGCUGCAGCCGGGGCUCGCCCAGCGCAGGCUGGCGGCCGUGCUGCGCGCCCGCCCCGCGCCCUUCGUGGAUGUCUCGGCGGGGCGGCAGCGCCCGGCUCUCUGCGGGCCAGCGGAGGCCGAGGCCAUCAGGGGCCACCUCGCCGCCCUCCUUGCCCACUUAGGGGCCGCUGAGGCCACCGGCCCGGUGUCCUCCAGCGAGCUUGUCCCCGCAGGCUGGAACCUCUGCACCAUCGUCGGGGUGCUGCUGGGCUACCCGGCGUCCUACGCCUUCUCCAUGGAGGAGGGUGCCGAGAACUGCCUGGCGCUCACGCCGCUGAGGGUGUUCACGGUCCAGGCGUCCUGCCCCAGGAUAAAGGACGGGCUCAGGGUCCAGAUCUACUCCUUCAGCAUCCCGGAGAGCCUGUGCGCGGAGCUGAGGGCGGUGCUGGACGCCUGGUGCGAUGAGCUGAAGGAGGCCUUCGGUGCACAGAGUGACUUUGUAGAUCUUUGCAUUUCGAGCGAGGUGGUGUCCCUUCCAGCGGUUGCCUUGUAAAACGAACAAACUCAGACCUUUUCACCUAUUUCUCGCUUGCAUCAGGGACCUAAGCAAGAGAUGCAGUUCCCAUGUGUGCAGCCCACUGAGACCCUGGGCACUAAAGGUUGAGUCGUGACUAUUUCAGGCCCCCGACCUUGUAGGCAAGUUGCAAAUCAAACACGUUUAAUUCCCGGAAGACCACUGUGUGGAUGUGCCUACCCACAGCUGCUCUGCAGCCUCCAUCCUGACUGCGAAGUAUGCCCUGGAAAGUCAGGGGAUAUUUACUUGCUGCAAACAGCUGAGGAUUAAUAAAAAAAAUCGAACACCACA